AUGGGGAAAGACGAUAGUUACAUUUUUGCUCUUCUUGGGCCGUAUAUGGUGACGCCGGAACCGUACCCAUGGCUUCACCUUACAUGGGAAAAACUCGUCCAGAGGACCUUUGCCGAGGAUUGCAUCAAAUGGCGAGAUGGCCGAGGCCCCGAAGUCGAACUGAUUACUGAUGGAAGUAGUCUUUCAGAUGUCGAUUCAAGUAAACAGAUAUCUUAUCCGUUUGAAAAUAUGAGGAAAUACAAACAGCCUGGCAUUCCUGAACCUUAUCGAUUCCGUAUCAGUGUCUUCAACGGACAACAAUCGUAG